AUGGGUGUGGGCAAGAGAACGACGCGUCGAGAAGCGCAAGGACGACUCGCUGGUCUCGAAAUCGGCUCUGCGCCGGCGCAAGCGCAAGAUGAAGGAGCAGCUGAAACCGAAGCUGGAGGACCUCGCACAGGCGCUCGACGAGGUGCCGGCGACGACGGCGCAGCCCAAACGGGACCACACGCCGAACCCGCACAAGCGUGGGGCCAAGAUCGUGGAAAGGGCGGAGAUCCAGCGGUUUGGGGCCGUGCUGAAGGACGAGCAGUUCAGAAAAAGCCCGUUCGACGCUCUCAAACGGGUUAUAGCAAAUAA